CUAUUUCGCGCAUACGCCCCCACCCCUCGCACACCUCACACCAUACAUAUAUUCUCCAGCAGUUCAUUCCACCAAACACCAUGAUGAUGAUGAACAAGACAGCUUCGCGCUCGGUCGCGUGCCGCUCCACGGCGACAACCGUCUCGCCCGCGAAGGUCGCUGACAUGAAGAAGUGGCUGCCCAUCAACCUGACCAAGAACAACCUGGUCGGGGCUCAGGGCGGCGAGACCACCCGCAACAUCGACGGCGAGGUGUACUAUGUGUCGUACGACGCCGCCAAGGAUGACGUGGUGGUGGUCAACCGCCGCCUGGGCGUGCGCUACCCCGCCGCCAUUGACGACCAGAACCGCGUGCGCAUCAACACCGCCGAGCCCAAGCCCGCCGCUGUGGUCGGCUUCUCCGCCGACGCGUUCCGCCCCGUGCUGAAGGGCGACUCGGAGGGCGCCGAGGUCAUCAACGGCCGCGCCGCCAUGGUGGGCUUCCUGGGCAUUGCGGUGGCCGAGCUGCUGACCGGCUCCUCCGCCCUGACGCAGCUGGGCUCCGCCACCGGCGCCGCCGCCGCCGCCGCCGCCGGCCUGCUGACGCUGGCCGCCUCCAUCGCCCCCGCCGUGGCCGGCCGCGUGCCCGCCGGCCAGGUCAUUGCCAGCGACAGCGGCGCCUUCGAGGACGGCCCCCUGCCGUACUUCUGGACCCCCCUGGCUGAGAAGAUCAACGGCCGUGUUGCUAUGGUGGGCACCCUGGGCCUCAUCCUCACAGAGCAGUUCCUGCGCGGCGGCGCCGCCCUGCUGUAAGCGACCCUCCGGCUUUGGACUGAUGGCCUAGAAGCAUUGCUGUUGCGGCUUUGUGCCGUGGCGGUUUGGUUUUGUUCGGUGGUGGUUAGCAGCCUUAGCCUUUAUCCUUUAUGGUUGUAUCAGCGGCUACACGGAUUUGCCUCAAACGAGGGCCAUCGCAGCCUACACGGGCUGAGACCUUUCGGGUGUGAGGUCCUGAAUUUGCAAUCAAGGACCACUUAUGAGCGAUGCGGAGUGGGCGCGUGCUGCGGAGUGUGAGGGUGCGUGCUGCGGAGUGUGAGCGCGUGCUGCGAGGUGUGCUUCAUUUAGCUCGGGAGUGUGUCGCCAUUGCUCGAAGCUGCUCGGACAAUCCACAACACGAGGUCCGAUUCAGGAGCAGCAUCUAACAGAGCGAGGGGUGGGCCGUGGCGAUUCUGGCCGGCCCGCCCCCUAGCACCACGCAGCUUGCCUGGGAGCUAGCUAGCGCGAGAGACAGCAUUUCGAGGAGGGUUUGAGAGACAGAGACUGAGGGCCUUGCCGAUUGAGGGCUCGGCUGAUUCUUUUGCCCAGAUUCGCCGGCUGCCGCUUUGGCAGCAUGUAUGUGUGGCGGGUGUUGUGAGUUAACGCUUGCGUGGCUUUUGUCGAGAGGUGUUCACAGCGGCGAGCGGUUAUAGUGUAUGGUAGUGCGGAAUUGACGGGGGAUUGCAGGGUGGCAGGAAUGGGCGGCUAGACGUGGUGUGGUGUCUGGCUCAGGAGAGGGGACAUGCGGGGACAUGCGGGGAAUGGGCAGCGGCCAACGCGGCCUGGAGGGUUUCCUAACUCGGGACCACGUUCGACAGAAUCAGGCCGCCAGGGCACACGUGACCUGCCCCCAGGACGAGCGGACAUGGUGGAAAGGGCAGGUGACAUGUAAUACGGUAGGCUG